GUAAAUUGCCAAGUAAGUAAUCCAAAACACGAGUAACAUUUAAAAAAUGUAUAUCAUCUACAUUAACCAAAGUUAUUUUUGUACAAUUUAUUUUUAUCGCAAAUAGGUUUGCUUGUAUUAAGAUCAAACUUAAUCUCGGGUUAUUGGGCUUCAGCGGUAUUGUUGAUAAAACUCGUUAAGUAAAUGUGUAAACGUUAACACUCGCAAAUCUAUUUUUGAUCAUUUUCUAAUGAGUGCUUCGCGUAAAGGUGAUUUUUUAGAUGAAAUCAAGCAGCUAGAAAGUGAUGAUGAGUCAGUUUCCAUUCAGAAAUUUCAAGAAUCCGAAAGAUCAUUUAAUUCUCAAGCCCCUUUAUUAAACAGAAAGAGAAAAUGCAAUAAUGAAAAAGGGUCGAAGUUCGUGUCUAAAAGAGGUUAUGGUGAACUCGGCGAAUUACAACAUUUAUCAGAUCUUAAAAGUCUUUCUGUGUUAAGUGUUUAUCAACAAGACGAUUCAGAAAUAGAAAUGGAUACCAGCAGGGAUUUUAGUGAUAGCAUAGAAUAUGUUAAUAAACCAAAUAUAAACAUAAAUGGAAUCUGUGAUAAUGCUGAUACAAGUGAUACUAAAAAGUGUUGUAAUUGUUCCAAUAGAAAUCCCAAUGAACAGUUAUUAGCUUGUCCUGUUCCAACAAUUUACUUCAACGAUGGGAUUCGAUCUGUUGAUUUUGUGUUAGUUUGGGAUUCCUUUGAACAUGAUGCAACCCUGGAGAAUGCUUAUGUGAAAAGAAGAAAUUUUGAAGAGAAUCUUAUGAAAGAAGGGUUAGAGUUAGAAUAUGAACCUGUUGAACAUAAUGGGUUGAAUUUUGUUAAAAUUCAUGCUCCGAAAGAGGUGCUAAGAAUGUACAGUGAAAUACUUAAGCUUCGAAUGCCUAUGAAAUCUGAUCUAUGUAAAUUACCUAAAGGUUACAACCCAAACCGUAUUUUUACCACCGCGGCAUAUUUACGAAGAAAGGUAGAACAAUUUAAAUGAGAUUAAUUCAGUUUUUGUGUGGUUUAAGGUUUUUACAUUUUUUUGUCUUCACUUUAUAUCCUAUGUUUAAUAAAAAUAAAUUUAUACAUUGAGGAUUUAGACUGGUGUGAAGUUAUCCACAAAUCCCAACCAUAAAUUUAAAACAUUCAUAAUUCCGGAACCGAUACGAUUUGGGUCACCAAAUUUCACAUACGGGAU